GGCCUGGCGCUGCCACCGCGCCGCGGCCUCGACGUGCGGCGGCACCUCCGCGAGAGGGCGCGGCAGGAGGAGAAGGAGGAGGGCGGCUGGGCGCUUGACGCGGACCCGCUGGCGGCCGUCGCCGCGGCGCUGGGCGCCGAGCUGCCGGCGCUGCCGCCCCCGCAGGUGCCGCACCUGCCGGGGCCGCCCCAGCAGCAGGUGGCGGGCGGCACGCUGCCCCCGCCGCCGCCGAGCAAGGACGAGCUCAUAGACAGGGUACGCGCCGCGGGCUACGUCGCGCCCAGGAAGAGGAGCAGAGCGAAAGCCAAGGUGCAGGCGCCCGUUGGUCUCGUCCUCGGCACUUCUCAGCCGUUUCUACCGCCACCGUACACCUCGUCCUCGCAGCUGGCGCUUGGGAGUCGUUUUCGUGUUCGAUGUUUUUUGCUCCAGCCUCUGGGGGCCUCUGGAGGCCCCGAC